GGGACCGGGGGUUGCGGGUGGGGGCAGCGCUGGGGCGGGAUGGGUCUGGGUCGGGGAUAGCUCUCGCCUGGCUGCCUCCCCCGGGGGGAGGAUCCCGGUGCCGGUCCGUCCUCCGGCAUUUCCUCGCGUGUUUCCCCUUGCCACCCCUUGCCCUCCCAGGAGAGCCACCCCCGCCCAUCCCCCCAGCCCCCGGGACGGGAGGGCUGUCGGUGUGAGGAGGCCCAGGGGCUGGGGAGAGACGGCCAUCCCUCGCUCCUCCCCCCGCAGCCGCCCCCGUUGCCAGCGGGGGAGCCGGGAGCCUGGGGGCGAAGGGGGGGCCCGGGGCUGCGGUGUCCCCCGGCUGCCGGCCCGGGGGCCAUGGAGCAGGUCCAGAUGAUCAACAUCCAGCGGCUGCUGGAGGCGGCCGAGUAUCUGGAGCGAAGGGAGAGAGAGUGCGAACAUGGCUAUGCCUCGACCUUCCCCUCAGUUCCAAGUCCUGGACUACAAGACCCAAAGCCCACACGGAGGCUGAGUCGGGCAAGGAAACACAGCGGCAGUGGCAGCAAUGCAAGUAUUGCCAACAGGUCUACGCACAACGAACUAGAAAAGAACCGCCGAGCUCACCUCCGCCUGUGUCUAGAACGCUUAAAAGUUCUGAUACCGCUAGGACCAGACUGCACCAGGCACACAACGCUUGGGCUGCUCAACAAAGCCAAAGCACAUAUCAAGAAACUUGAAGAGGCUGACAGGAGAAGCCAACACCAGCUUGAGAACCUGGAACGAGAACACAGAUUCCUAAAGAGAAGACUGGAACAACUACAGGGUCCUCAGGAGAUAGAGCGAAUACGAAUGGACAGCAUUGGAUCUACCAUUUCCUCGGAUCGCUCAGACUCGGAGCGAGAAGAGAUUGAAGUGGAUGUUGAAAGCACAGAGUUCUCCCAUGGAGAAGUGGACAAUAUCAGCACAACCAGCAUCAGUGACAUUGAUGAUCACAGCAGCUUGCAGAGUAUUGGGAGUGACGAGGGUUACUCCAGUGCCAGUGUCAAGCUCUCGUUUGCUUCCUAGAACCAAGUGAGACAACAGUGCAGGGUGAAUGAUUUCACUGAGGUUAAUAAACUGGGUCCUAGAUGCCAGUAUCCUCUUUCAGAAAUGAUGUAUUGACAGCUAGUCCUGGAGAGACCUGUAUAUAAAGCUUUUCGGAUAAAGGAAGCCUCCACAGAAACCCACAUGUGUUCACUUGGUCAUGUUACCAAUCUCAAUUCCUGCUGGCAAAAAGUUAGGCCAAACACUAGUCCCUUUGAAGUCAGUGAAAUCCAUUUGUUUCUGUGGGACCUGGAUCUAGACCUUAGUGAUGAAACACUUUGUUUUGAAUUUCUUUGUUUGAAAGAGGAUACUAGGGACUCAUCCCUCUCUUUCUGUCAUGAGAUCUGAGAAAUGUCAGAAUUUCUUACAUUGCAUUCAGGAUGAACAACCUAGUUUAGGCCCUUCUGAAGAGCUUUUCUGGUCCUAAAAGGACCGUAUCCUACAGUUUAUCACAAUCCAAUGCUGGCGUAAUGUACUAGGAAAUCUAAGAAGGCUUACAUAGCCUAGGAAUAACAAUGACAAUAAUGAUUAAGGUCUCAUUCUGUGCCCAGAGAGAGUGGGGCAGCAAAGAGAGAGAUGUUCAGGAGAGAACGCCAUUCAGCUCAGCUUUCUUUUGGACAUCAUUUAAAAAGCAAGUACCUCUGAUGCGUGGCUAAAGCAAGAGGUACCCAAUUGUAACCUACCAGCACAUCGUGAGCUGUGUCAUGCCUCAGGCUGCGACACCGACAGCAGAUCUCCUGGUAGAUGCGUGCUCAUACGCAGGCACACAACCAGCUGAGGACAGAAAGAAACCAGCACAUACGAGAGGUGAUAUGCCAGAAAGUCAUGCCCAGAUACUGAGCCACUAUGACCUUUUUAUUUGAAGAGAUUUUUUGAUAAACAUUUGUAAAUGUGUUGGGAGGGAAAACACCCCAAGUCUGAUGUGUCUUUUUAGAGCUUGUCCAUAUGAAAUCUUAGACGUCUUUUAUAUGAAUUUAUGCCAUGAAAAGAUCUCUGUUUUGAUGAAGCACUUGACCCAAUGAAAUGCAAAGAUGCUUUUUGCCAUGCACACAACGGAUGAAGGCUGUGCUAGCUGGAAGAGGCCAGGUUUGGUGGGGGUUUCUUCGAUUUUCUUUUUAGAAUCAUUCCCUUUGCUGACUUUUGAAGUUCCAGUCCAGUAGUUAACCUAGUUAAGCUCAGCACGUCUCUCAUGUUAAUGUAACGUUUUGACUGCACGUUCUGUUCCCAAGGGCCUUGCCAUCUUAUCUGUGCAGGUACAGUUAAGAGCUAUUAUAGCGAAUGUUUUCUAAUUUUCUCAGAGACGAGCAUUCUAACCUGCACUUUGAAGGCUUUGCUUUUUUUUUUUUAUUUUUGUCUUUUUAAUGGCCAGGAUUGUUUUGUUUUCCAAGUUUUAAAAACCUUAAUAGAGUCCUCACCUAUGGCAUUGUUUGAAACUUUGUGUAUCCUAUCCUUAAGUAAUUUAACUACCCCUCAUUACUAAGAAAAAAAAAAGAUGAAAAAAUGCUUUAUAAAAUUCAUAACUUAUUGCUGAUUUGAAUGGGUUGUUAAUUUCAGUCCUUUAGAUUUUAUUUUAUUGUUUUAGGUAGGGUUGGGCAAAAAGAGGUAAAAUAAAAAAAUAAAGACAACCAUGUUUAGCAGUGCAGUGGAAUUGUGUUUAAAUGUUAGCAUAUGGUCCCCAUUAAAGUAGCACUUUAACGCCAUUAAACAUUUCUGUAUCUGAAAUGAGUUGUGUUCUUCCAUCUUGGUCAUUCAUCACUUUAGCUGACUCUGUUGUUCUUGUGCCCUUCGAUCCUGCAAUGAGAAGAUCCUGAGUGAGUCUGCUGUAGACUUCUGCGUUAUGAUAGCUUGCCUGUGUUUAAAUAUUCUGAUGUUUCCCUGACUCUCCUCCAAAGUGUUUCAUCCCCUGUAAGAGUCACAACACACAAUAAUCUUUCCAUGGCUGUAAUGAACGAUUUCUGUUUGUUUGGGGUUUUUUAAAUUAAUUUGCUUACUAAGUCUGGAUCAGAUUGCUGUUGUUAAAUCUGUUUUCACUUGUGUGUAUGUAAUCCAGUGGCUCGGUACAUCUGUUCUUCCUUCUGGGAGGUGGCCUGGCAGGAGCAGGAGUCUGCCACAGACUGAAUUGAGCUCUAGGUUAACAAAUGGAGCCUGAGGGUUUUCAAAGAACUGCUGCUUGGAUUUAUGUUUGCGGUCCAUAUAAUCUCUGGAUGACGCAAAGUUUGAGAAAGUCUCCCGAGUGGUGAAAAGUGGGAAACUUUAGCUCUAGCAAGGCCCAAUUUAUUUAUUCAUCAUUAUUAUUAUUCUCCGUGAAAGUGGUGACCACUGGCAGCCCUGGUGCUGAGCAGUUGAAUACCAGUGGAAUUUAUUUAUUUAUGACCCUUUUUCUGUAGCUGUCCCAGCAUCUCCUCCUUCCUGUUAUUCCUGUUUGUUUUAAAUGGCCACUUGGGAAAGAAAUACCACGGUUGGGAAAUACUGAAGUUCAAGGGGUGGGGAAUGGCUUUGCUCUCCUAGUUGGUAUAAAACAGUGAUGUGUCUAUGUUUGGAAUAAACGUAUCCGAAAUGUUUGCUUGUAUGCUCCAGGGCCAGUUUAGCAUCUCGUACCUUUUCUAGCAUUGUGGACUCAAAGGGGUCUUGAUAUCAAGUGCAAAUACAAUGGGAAAAAUGUAGCAGAAGAUGAGCUUCCCUCACGAGCCACCUGCCUGACCGUUCAGCUAGCAGCAGUGGUCCAGUCAGGAAGAGAACCAGGGAUAAAACAAAAUUUUAUGUGUAUAUAUAUCUAUAUCUAUUUAAUAUAGGUGUCUGCCCCCCACCUUAACUGCAGUUUCAUCCGGAAUAAUGCUUUUUCUUGCUACAUGGUAAUCUGGGUAUGGAAUCAUGCUUUCUUUUCAUCUUUGCAAAAUUGUGUGAGGGUUUUUUUUAUGGUUUGCUUUAUGGGUGCUGUUGGCUUUCCUGCUUUAUUUUUGUGUUUGUAGAGUAACAGAAGCCCUAAAUCGGUUCUCUGCUGAAUUUUACAAGAAUAAGAUGACUUUUCCUGUGGAAACAGAAUUGGAUGUACCUUCCUUAGGCAGCUUGCCGGCGCAGUAGACACAAUGCGCACGCACAGCUCCCUCGUAAGCUCAUUCUGUCGAGUCCUCCCCCUAUAAAUUAGAUCCCCAGUAGGUCCUUUUUGCUACGGACAAACCCAUUAAAACGACCAUCCAGCAUUUUCCUUCUUUUGACACCAGCGUAUUACAGUAUGUCAUCUCGCAUCUGCAGACAAGGUGGAGAUGACUAUCUGGCUGCGUUUGUCAUGGUUAUCCUGUGGCGAGUUGUCACCUGAAGGUCAUUCUAAUGUCCAUUCCAUUAGAGGCACGUCAGUGACGAAGGCGGUCUCAAAUCUGUCUGUCUCAAGAAAUCUGCAGGUCAGUAGAAAUGGGGUUAACUGUACAGACCUAUCAGUCUCCAGGUUUUGUGGUUGUGUUUUCCUUUUGUUGGUGUGUUUGCUACCAUCUGAUUCUGGAGGCUGGAGCGCCAGCCUCCUGCUUUUCUGCUUUUUGUUCCCUUUUACUUGCUGCUCCCUGUUUUUAGCCUGUGUUUCUGUGUUGCCCUGUUGAAAUGGAUGAAACAUUUGGCUUCAGUGGAAGUGGCAUCAGUCGCCUGCACUAAAUGGAGAUAAUAUUUUUUUCUUUUUUUUUCACCCCUAGGAUAAGCUUUUGUUGUUGUGUAUUUUCUGGCACCAGCCAUACGUCACUGGAAAGAGAAACCGGGGUCACUUCCUGGCAGAUAAUGAUAAAACCCAGGACUUCGUUCUGAGGUUAGGCAGGUGAUAAUAUUCAUAAUGAAAAAGAAAUAACACAAAUAACAGAAUAAAGCCUGCUGGUUUUUUUCCUGGGGCUUUGUCCCGUGGACAGAUUUUCUGGUGAGUGGUAAAUUCUGUCACCUGAUAGUGACUGAAACUCCUCUGCAUCAGCGAUACAGUCUCCAAGUUGUCCUGUGGGACCCUCAGGGAAGAGGAGUGCAUCCUACUUCCUGGAAAAUACCCCUGUGCUGUCAAAUUUGUUUGGAACAGGCCGACAGAUCUGGGUGAUGUUUGGGAGGAUGAACACGGAAGAGGAGAGUGGUUGUCUACAUACACAGUGUUUUCCUUUGGAGCGAGCUGUUACAGAAAAGCAGGUUGUUUAACUGGGGGUAAUACCUCAGCUCUGAGCCCUGCUUCUCGCUCGUUUCUUUCUAAAAGGAAGGAAAUUUCCUUCAAUUAUUAGGCAGAAGCAGAAAUAAGGAGACUAUGAGUAUUGGUCCUGUGGCUGUGUACUAAAUCUGUCAUAUUUAGGGUUUCUGUUUGGGGUGUUGUUGUGUUUGAUUAAAAGUAAAGCAUUGUCUCACCAGGAGGGACGCUCAUGUUGAGGUCCCUUCAAAAACACCGAGGAUCGGGAAUCGCUGAGCAGGCUCUGGGAAGGGUGGAUGAUUCCUGGGAGGUUUACGCUCCUGCGGAGCUGAACCAUUGAGUCACACUGUGCCACUGGCCUGACCCAGUGCAGGUCAAAGGUGUGAAGUGUCAUUUGCUUUCAGAAAGAUCUUCAGUGUUAACCAUACUGUAAGGGCUAUGGGUAAUAUUUAAAUUUGUUUUUAGCACACUGGAAAAAACCAGCCCCUUAGUUUGUAUUACCCCCACGAGGCCCAGAGCAAACCAGUUGGGCGAGCUGGUUCUUGUGGCCUUUAGCAAGUCAUUCAAUGUCAUGGUGUGGAGUCUGGGUGCUGCAGGCAUGCGCUGAAGCUACAUUUUAAGACGGUGUUUACUCAGAGGGAACAAAGUGCUGCAGAGGAUUGAUGUUGGUCAGGGUGGCCCUGGCCAGUGCUUUUAAGGCCGUGAAAGAUUUUCAUGUACUGGAAAUGUGGUGGUUCGGAGAAGCUGGGCAGAGAGGGAUGUUGAGAAAGUGGCUCUGGGCAGACGCAAUAAUGCUCAUCUCACCUUGGGGGACGCUCCCAGGUUGGGUUUUUUUUUGCAGUAAGGUCCUCUGGGGUGUUUUGUCUUACAGACCUGACUGUAGCGUGCAUGGGGCUGGAGGACACCGGCAUUUCUUGUUGCCUUCCCGCAAGCAGCAGCUCUAGUGUGCCUCCUCCACGAGGUGAUAGCUACGGGGGUAGUGUGAGAGGAGACAGGUUGAGCGUUCGUCUGUUCCCUACCCCAUCAUGAUUCCCACUGAGAGAAGCGCUGGCGAGCUGGAAAGCCAUGCGCAUCACUCUGUGCGUGUGCACUCAGCUUGGGGUCAAGUUCACCCCUUCUGUAAGGUCUCAUCACCAUCAUGAACGUUGCAGUAGGGCUUGUGUUUCAGCAAGGAUUAAUUUUGAACUUGAGGGACAUAGCAGCAAAACAGGGUAAACCAUCACAGGAAUGUAAAGCAUUUUAUGGUAGUUGUAACAUUGCGGUUGCUCGUCAGAAUGUACACAGACCUAGUUCGUAACUUGACUUGGGCUACUGGAGCUCUAGCUAGUGCUGAGUUUAGCCAAGGCUAGGAAAUUCUUUCCGUUUAACCCCUUUUCAAAAAUACUUGUCUCAAAACAAUGAGUUGUUUGGGAUCUCUUCCUGGAAGGCUUGAUUGGGCAAUACAAAAAGCUCUUUCCUCUCCUGGAGUGAUGGACAACUGUACAAAAUAGUAUUCGUUGCCCUAGGGAAUACCUGUUCAGCCGGUCUGCUAAAAAUGUAAAGUUUAAAACUUAGCAUCACUUGUAUUCCUCACAGAGAACUUCUCUUUGGGAAGUAACAUCACCUUUGAGUCCAGGUAAGAGUGAGAUGUUUUCUGUCAGCAUCUAUCAUGGGAAAAUUUUGCACUUCCGUACAGACCAAGGAAUCCUUGCGAGGUGAGUUCAGCACAGAAAGGUAAUGGCUUUACAAAAGGAAAUAAUGGGUUUCUGUGCCGCAGAGCCAUCUGCUCAAGGCCAGAAUUUUGAUGUGUGAGUGAAGUUGCUUCAUUAGGCUGUACGUUAACAGGUCGCUUGGGUAUGUGGCACGGAUGUUUAACAUAGUCCUGGUGCAAACAUCCCUCCUUAUUUCACAGUCUAAAAGUGAAGCUUUUCAGAGCGCAGAUAACGAUUGGGCAAACUGCCGUGCAAAGAGCAGCACCAGCUGCAAGGCAGCAAGUGGUACUUCUCCUGGGUCUGGCCCAGGAACAUUUUCCAUGAUCCCAGGCUGAGUGUAACUGUUGUGAGACGUGAAAGCGGUGAUGGUUUCACAAAAUAUUGCCUCAGUGCUGGUUCCGGUGAGUGGGAUGUCAAUGGGAAGUAUGGAAGUUUGCUAUCUUUUUGAGGUUUUCUGUAAAUAUCUCCAGUGUGGAACUGCAGUCUCCUAAGUCGAAGUCCCUUAUUGUACUUAGAAACGUCUGAGAUCAAGCAUCUACAGAAAUAAGUGACACGACGCUCUCACUCUGGCGUACGGGAAAGCAAAAGAGGAAUGGAUUCCCAUGACCAUGGAAACUUAAAAGUUGCUACUCUUAAGACACUUCUAAAUAUUUAAACUGACUGGAGCAGUCCCAGAUCUGUGAGUCAGAUUUGUGCUGUUUUAACUUCCCCACUAGAUUACAAUUUAUACAAGAUUGAGGCUGUAAUAGAUAAACCGUUUCCUGUAGUAACUUACAUUUAAGAGGAAACAUACGUCCCGUGCUGCUCGUCUUGCACAGUAUCCUGAGAUACAAGGAACAAAUCUGUGUUCUACAACAAAUAUCUUUUCCAUGAUGUCUCUAGCUUAGUGGGUUUGCACACUUUACUUCUACGCUUUUAACUUUUCCUCUGUCAUUUCAGUAUUUCUAAGUACUGUCUGCUUUAUAGUAGCAUUUGCUAGCACUGGGGUAGGUACUUACUCUGCCCGGAAGUCAACGCAGACCAUGAGUUCUGAAAAAUCAGGUUUCUUACUGUUUAGAGCAGCUAAUAAAACUGGGAAAUAAAUUAUAUUUUUUUUAAAAAAAAAAAAGCAAACAAAUACCAAAACACUUUCAGCCACGCAUUUUGGGACACUUCAGCGUUUGUAAAAUAAGGCACUUGUUUGUUUUGGCAACUACCAGCAUUGCUUAACUCAUGAUUUAUUUUUUCUACGUGAUUUUUCUCAAGACACUUUACCAAGGCAGUGUUCCAAAGCCAGGCUACACAUGAACCAGCCCCAUCCUGCAGCGGAGGAAAUAGCAUUAAAAAAAAAAAAAUAAAAA